CAGAGCUGCCUGUUAUUAGCUUUGCCAGAAACAUUUCCAGAACUACUGACACUUUUUUAUGUGGAAUGGAAAGUAAAGCAGCCUGUGAAAGUGAGACAUAGGACAUGCUUUCAUCGGUUUACUUAUUUGAAGACUUGCCUCAUCAACCCAGUUGUUAGCUAUUUAUGAAGAGGAGUGCCUUGACUGUUUUGGGCUUAACCUAUAAUUACAUGCCGUAUAUAAUUAUUUUCAGCUGGUGUGAAUGCAAUGGCGUAAAUAUAACUAAAGUUAGAGACCAAAUUAGAUUAAUGUGGUUUAAAGGCUUUGUAAUGAAGUUUCAAAAUGCAGACAAUGAAGACUCCAUUGUCAGUUAAAGGCAGGAAAACAGUGUACUGAAGCAAAAAUUCACCUUCUUGAAACUUGCUUUUACUGGCACUUUCAUGUGACUUUCACAGCAACGGCAUAAAAACUACUAGUAAUCCUGCAGUGACUGGAGCUUGACUGCAAGUCGAGGCAUAAAGCAAAUUCUGCAGAAAUGAUGAAUCAUGGGAAGACAAAUUUGCGUGUAACUUCAGCAGAUGAUGCUGAACGCAUUAAAGCAAAGCAAAACUUUGCUAAUGGAAAUAACCGUGCUUCCAGUACUAAAAUUGUUCGAAACAUCCCAAGAAGACACACCGUAGGUGGAGCUCGCAGUUCAAAAGAAAUACUGGGAAUGCAACCGUCGGAGAUGGAUAGGAAAAGAGAGGCUUUUUUGGAACAUCUGAAACAGAAAUAUCCCCAUCAUGCAAAUGCAAUCAUGGGGCAACAGGAACGCCUUAAAGAACAGAGUAGAAGCCCAAAGCAUUUAAGAAGCUCCCAGUCUGGUCUCAGGGACCAGGCUGAACAUCUCUCUGUCACCUCAGCGGAUUCCUUCGAGGCAAUGGCAGAUCCAGAAGCAUCUCACACCUUUAACAGAGGGACCCGUUUGCGGGCAAGUCUACCAGUUGUUCGAUCAACUAACCAGACAAAGGACAGAUCAUUGGGUGUGUUGUAUCUUCAGUAUGGAGAUGAAGUGACACAGUUUGCAAUGCCAAAUGAAAUUACAACUAUGGAUACAGUUCAUGCACUCUUUGUACGUGCGUUCCCUAAGCAGCUCACAAUGAAGAUGUUGGAAUCUCAAAAUGUAGCUGUAUAUAUUAAGGAUGAGGCCAGAAAUGUAUUCUACGAACUAUCUGACUUAAGGAGCAUUCAAGAUCGUGCGCUUUUAAAGGUUUACCACAAGGAUCCUGCCCACAUUUCUUUGAAUCAUUCUUCAGGGGCUGUAAAUGGAGAUGUAAGGAUGCAGAGGGAGAUGGUCCACACAAAAGAUGCCCCUCCAUCCUUUCGACACCAUGGAUCCCUUACCCAUGGACCACCGAGUUCACCACCAAUAACUCAAUCAAUGCCACCAUCUCCAUCUCGGAUUCCAUAUAAUGGAGGGAGAACUAUACCUAUGCCAGGCAGUGCCACUGUCCCCAGGGACAGGCUGUCCAAUAUGCCACCAUCAAGGUCCAUAUCCCCCAGCCCAAGUGCCAUCUUGGAAAGAAGAGAUGUAAAACCGGAUGAAGAUUUAAGUGGUAAAAAUGUUGCCCUUUUCCGAAAUGAAGGUCUGUAUGCUGAUCCUUAUAUGUAUCUUGAUGGGCGAAUGAGCAUUGCUUCAUCCAGCACCGGAAUUCCUGGGGAUGUGCCAGACCAUAUCCUAUAUCAUCGCCCUUCAUUGAGAUCUAGCAAUGCAUUCCCAGGCACCAGUGUGCAGGCUGACAUGACAGAGCAGUCGCUAUACAGAAUAAAGCCAAGAAAAUAUUCUGACAGCUAUAUUCCAUCAGUUGUCUCCAAAACACCACCACCUUCUCCACAGAAGAUCAGUGAAAUGCGAAUCAUGGAUAUUCAUGGGCAGAGUUCCCACAUGAGCCAUCCUGUUCACCUUGAUAGGUCCUCUUCUGUACGGACCUCCAUUAGGAAGGAUUCUGGGACAUCUAUAGCAAUGGAAACCGCAGCCAUCAAGGCACGCAGUGCUACUUCCUCGCCCUCCGUUUCGGAUGUAGUCCCAUUUUCAGCUGACAAUCAAAUGCCUGGGUAUGGCAGCACUUCUGCAACACCAAAUGACCCAGAAACCAGGGAGCGAAUGAAGGCUAUGGAGAAGCAGAUUGCUAGUCUGACCGGUCUUGUUCAGUCUGCACUUUUCAAAGGGGGUAAUAAUGCCAAAGAAGUUCCUGGUGAGAAGAUAAAAGCUACAUCACUUAGCUGCAGCUCUGAGCCGCAAGAAGCCACUGUGCAAUCUGCUUCCACCAUUGUUCCUAAUGAGAUGUCCAUGUGCACAGGUGCAGCAACUGCAACAGCACUGAAGAGCUCUGGGAUUACUUUAGAUUCUUCCAGUGUUGUCCGACCUUCUCCCUCAUGUCAGCAGCAAAUUCAAAACAAUGUGUUUGACUUACGGAGAAAUAUUUUUGAUCUGCGGCAGCAACUUCAACACUUGCGGCAGUCACAGCUCGAGAACCAGGAGACGCUCAGAGCAAUGUUCAAGAAAGCAGAGUCCGAAAUCAAUGGUAGAGUUAUUGAAGCAAUGAAGAGAGCAGAGGAUCCGCUACAGCGACAGCGUAUACUGGUGGAAGAGGAGAGACAGAAGUACUUGGUUGAUGAGGAGAAGAUAGUACAGCAGCUAUGUGGGUUAGAGAAAUCCAUUGAUGGCCUGAGCAAGGAUGCCUCUUCAGCCCAGCAAACAAUUACUUUGAAAGAUGUGGAGGAGGGUGCAGUUGCUCUACGUCAGGUUGGAGAAUGCCUGGCAGGCCUGAAAGCCGAGUUUCCCGCUUUGCAGACUAAAAUGCGGGCAGUACUCCGUGUGGAGGUAGAAGCAGUGAAGUUCUUGAAGGAGGAGCCUCACAAGUUGGAAAGUCUACUAAAGAGAGUCAAAAGUAUGACUGAAGUGCUCACAGAUUUAAGAAGACUUGUAACUGAAGAUCUUUUGAGAGGAACAGAAUCCAUGCAUUCAUCACAGAAAAGCACCACAGAAGCUGUGACAACUGUUUCAGAGUCCGAAAUGUCCAAAGAUUCUCCUUUGCAAGUUCAGGAGUGUACUAAUUUUGUACAAGCAACAGUGCCUCAAAGCCCCCCAGGGUCACUCCAUGAGGUGCAAAAUUCCCUGGUGAAGUCAGAGUCACACAUGGUUGUCCACCAGGUCCAAAGUUCUCCUGUCCAGAUUCACCAAUCUCAUCACUCGUCCGCCUUACUGCAUCCUACUCAGGGCCCUCUGAUCACGCCCAAACAAUCUCAAAAUGCACCAGUUACUGUUCAACAGGUUCAAUCCUCUGCAGCUGUGACAAAACGAUCCCAGGAGUCCACAGAUGGAAUACCUCAAAUCCAGAGUGCUCCAAGUCACCAAUUUCAGAGCUCGACAUCAACUACCCAAGUUUCUUCUGGUCAGAAUCUCUUCCUUGAUGAAAUUCAUGCUGCAAGUACCAAAAAGGGCAUUCACCGAAAAAUGACCAUAGAGGCAGCAGAGAGAGAAUGGCAAGAAAAAAGACAAAACAUGAAUCAGUACGAUGAAAAAGAAUUUGAACGACUCUUAGAGGAGGCACAGGCGAACAUGAUGAAAGGAAUUCCAAGCUUGGAAGUAGAACCUGAGCAGAAACCAACUGCAAAACCAGAGGAUUCCGAUGGGAUAAAACAACCAGAGGAAAUACUACUGCCUGAGGUGGGAAAUGAGAAACCCAUGAAAUCUCCACCACCGCCACCACCACCUCGCAGAUUCUAUCCGCCUGGUUCUGGCCUGACGACCACAAGAUCAGGAGAAGUUAUAUUUACUGCCAGGAGAGAAGGCAGUCUUGUUACUCCUGAAGACAAUAGCUCAGCACCCCUGAAGUCACCAAGAAGUCCUGUGGAAGUGAAGGAAUUGGUAUUGGCCUCGACUUCUGCCCCUGUGGAAGCUUCUGCUGUCAAGGACGAUGAGGAUGAGGGAGACCGGAUAAUGGCAGAACUACAGGCUUUCCAGAAAUGUUCAGUUAUGGAUGUAAAUUCAAAAACAGUUGUUGAACAACCGAAAGUUGAAAUCCAAGCCAAAGAUGUAAGGUCCACAGCCUUAUUAUCUGCCAAAGAAAAGAAGCAGAGAUCAGGCAUUCUUGGUGAACAAGCCACAUCGACAGAGAAUGAAGACGAGGUUCUGCUGGAUUCUACUAUAAUUGCUUAUGAUGCACCGAAGACUUCAGACAUAUUCGUAUUUCAUAAUGUUCAUUCUCAAAUAGAGCCACACAAUGACACUUGUGUGCAUUCAGCGUAUCCAAAGGAUGCAUCAAAGUACCUAGAAAACAAAGACACAUCUGUGCCGGGCAAAACUCAUGUUAUUGUUCAUCAGCCUGCUGUAAAUGAACCAGAUUCCACUCCAGAGAGAGAGUACAUGCCUGUCAUAGAAAAAAAUGAACCUGAUAUAGAGUUCAAAACAGGAAGUGGGCUUAAACAUUUUAUUUCACCAUGUGGAGUGGACAGCUCAGUACAUGUGAAUAUUUCAACAUCUGAGGAGGUUAUUAGGCAGAGCAUUCUCUCCCCGGUUAUGAGAGCACAUAUGACAGUACCUGUGGUACAACAGUCCACUACAAAUCUGAACCAACAUGAUCCAGUUUCUAAUAAAUUUGGCCGCCAAGAAUGGGAAAUGCCAUCUGCAGACUCGAGUUAUCAGAAGGAAAGUUAUAACCAACAUGUGAUAUUGAGACCAAAGAACAGACCUACUGUCAGAUAUUUGGAGGAUGUUGAUUCCUCAAGUUCUUCUGGAGAAGAUUCACCAUCAAGUGAUAACAUAGCCUUUAUGAUUACAAACACUGAGGUCCAGGCUCUCUCCAGUGGAGAGGUCAUUGAUUUAGUGAACAAGAAAGGAGAAGAUAUCCAGACUCUGAAUGUGGAUGCAAAUCGAGAAAUGACAGCAGGUCCGAGUGGUUAUCUGGAGGCUGGGAGUGAAGAUUCCGUGCUUUUCACAGAUAAGAAACCCGUAAUUAUUAUCUUUGACGAGCCAAUGGAUAUCCGGUCAGCUUACAAAAGAUUGUCAACAGUGUUUGAGGAAUGUGAUGAAGAUUUAGAGAGGAUGAUGGCAGAAGAAAGAAUAGAUGAAGAGAAUGAAGUUGCUGAACACGCCAAUGAUACAAAAACAUUAUCUGAAUCUGUAAUGGAUAAUAAUGAACUACAUUUAAACAGAAUUUCUUCUGGUCUGGAUUUGGCAAAUAAUUCAACAUGUAAUAAAUCCAGUGGUCAUGGACAUGAUAUCCAACUUGUUUCUGAUGAAAUUAAUGCACCAAGAGAAGAUAAGUCUGAUCCAAUGGAAAGUGAUGACUCCAAAUCAGAUUGUGCAGAAAGCUUGCUUACAAGUAAGACAGAUAACAAAAAGAAGUUUAAAUUCAAAUUCCCCAAAAAACAACUUGCAGCCCUGACCCAAGCUAUUAAAACAGGUACAAAGACUGGGAAGAAAACCCUGCAGGUAGUGGUUUAUGAAGAUGAAGAAGAACUUGAUGGAACAGUGAAACAGCACAAAGAAGCUAAAAGAUUUGAGAUUAUACAAUCAAACUGCAAAGAUGAAACAUCUACCAAAACCAUGCAGUCAAACCAACAUAACUCCACUGAUGUGAUGUCAAAUUCUUUUCGAACCGAUCAGAUUCGAAAAAAUACUUACAAGACCUUGGAUAGUCUUGAACAAACGAUCAAACAAUUAGAAACAACAAUCAGUGAAAUGAGUCCAAAGAUAGCAGAACAGGAGGAAGACCACACAACCUGCCCUUCUCGAAGCUCUGAAUUAUCUCAAGGGGCUAUGUCAUGGAAUGAAACCAAAUCUACUGAGCAACUAUUGCUUUCCUCUGCAAAGGCACCUCAAAACACCAAGACCAAACCACCACUGCUUCCAAAAAUCUCCACAAAAGCAAGUGAAUCACAGAGUUCACAUCUGAUGUCCCCAAGCAGCAGAAUGCCAGUUUCUGUGGGAUCGAAACUAAGGCAUCAACAAGGAACUACCGAAAAGGUGACAAAACAGAAGCUUCAGGACCCCCAGAGACAGUUCCGACAGGCUAAUGGAAGUGCUAAGAAAGCUGGUGGGGAGAGUAAGGUUACCUCCCCUACAUUACCUGCUUCUAAGAUCCCUGCCCUAUCUUCUAGCUCUGGGAAAAGUAGCUCUGUGCCUGGUCCGAGCAAUGACAACACUAACCAUCUCAAUACUUCGAGUAAAUAUCCCUCACCUAGUACUAAUUCUGUUACUCCAACUGCUGGCCGUAAUGUUCAGAUUCCAUCAGUGUCCCAUAUCCCUUCUACAUCUAAUGGCUCCCUUAAGCUUCAUGCUCAGAACUCUGCCUUAACAGGCAGAGGUCAUCUUCUUUCAUUCCCGCUACAUGCUCCAAAUGGUAGACCCUCUCCAUCAUCUUCAUCCUCAUCCUCUUCCACCUCCCCAGUUUCUCCCACCUCACUGACUCAAGGUACAAAGAGCAUCCGGACAAUCCAUACCGCUAGCUUCGCGAGCUACAAGCAACAGAAUGUGAACCAGAGCAAAUUCACCAUGGCCACUGUCAAAGAAACGGCGUAGAGACAGCAAGUUGGAACCCGUCCAUCUUUAAUUUUCUUUUUGGUUUUAAAUAAUUUGCAGCAGGAUGUUACUAAUUUCAUCAUGAUUUUCUAAAGUUCCUCAGUGUGCAUUCAGCAGAGUCAGACAGGUCUUUGUAAACUGCAAAUGCUGAUUGAUAUUCCUUGAAACCAUACAAGGAAUUGUGAAGGACACCUGCUUAUUUUCUCUUGUAAAUAAUUGUUCUACCUAAACAGACUUAAAAUCAGGUGGUAUAAUAAAAGGCUGCACAUUAAGACAUUGUGAGCUUAAUAGCAAAGACAGUCAUCUACUGGCAACUUUAUUUCAAGCACAUUUUUUUGAAUACAGAAUUUUUUUCACCUCACACAAUGAUAUUGCUUUAACUAUUGUAAAGUUUGAAUAAUGAACAUUGGGAUGCUGACUCAGACUCACGUAAAUUAUUCCAUACCAAGACUUUAAUAUGGGCAGGGGAAAACCUGGAGAAUUAUAGCAGAUGUAAGAUGAUAUUCAGUACAGAUCUAAAGGUGAAAAGGUAACUGCACAUACAUAGUUUGCACUGAAUUAUACCUAUUCAACACAUUUGUUGUUAGAUAUCUCACAAUAUUAAGGAUAUGGUAAAAACAAUUUUAUUUAAUUGUUCCUUAACAAUUGGCAGGUGUACUUUCUCUGUAGCUAAGAACACUAGGUCAACAGCAGUUGCUUAUUGCUUAAUGUAUGAUCUUUUGCAAUUUUUUAAAUAACCAUAUUUAGCCACACAUUUCAUUGAAGUGAAAAAAUUGAUAGUUCAAUUAAGUCAGCAAUUUCCAUGAUUUGAAAGUGCUUAUAAAUAAUUAGUGUUUCACAUGGCAAUGAAAGGAGCAGAUAAUGCAGGUUAAACAUAUGAUUUGCAUGAAUGCAAGACUGGUGUAUUGUUGUAGAUAUUUUCUCUUGUACUGCCAUUCCCUCAAAUAAUAAAGACAUGAGUAUUACUUUUUUAAGAGUGAUGGGUGAAAAACUGUUUCCUAUUUUGCAUCAGUGUUUAUGUAUAACUGAUUUUCCUUUCUACUUGCUCAGAAUUUGUGUUUUUUACCCCAUUUAAUAGUCUUUAAAAUCUAGUUGUACAAUUGUUUUCUAAAACUGAUUUUUGCAUAUUUUUCAUGAAAGUGAAUGAUAGUUUGUUAGUUGCAGUUGCUUAUCAAGGAUUGUUAACCCACACAGAGAGUUGUAAAACUGGUAUAUUUUGUGUGUGUAUAUUAAGCUAUACAUAUAUAUAUAAAUACAUACAUAUACACACACAUGUAUCUGCUUAUAAAUCUGCAGGGACGCUUAUAGUUUUCACUCUAGUACCAAAGUUUGUUUAUUUGCAUGCCUUUUUAUUAGAAGAUAUAUUUUAAGAAACAAAUGGGUAUAUGUGAUCUAUAAGAUGGGGCAUGUUUGCACAUCCAGAGGAUUUUGUACAAAGUUUUGUUAUUUGUAAAACAUAUUAUAUUGUAAAAUAUAGCAUUGUGGUGAACUGCAGACUCUAGCCUUGUGAAGAAGCAAUGAAAUAAAGGGCUGCAUGCUUGUAGUUCUGUUUCUUUUAUUGAUCAAUA